UUCAGGACGCGUCUCCUACCGCCGGGACGAGGUGCAACGUGCGAAAAGACUGCGAAUAGAUUGGUCUGUUGAGGUCAGAAGGUAUGGCGUCUCGUGUCUGGACUCGGUGCGUGCGUGUGUAUACUUUGCUUGGUUUCGGUGGCGUAAAUCCGAUCGCCGACGCUAGCCAUCGUUUUUGCCUUGCGUGCGUAUCUAUCAUCGCGUAUGCGAGUUUUCAUGCGAUUUCGACUGUUUGCGGUGGGCAAGGAGCGAUAGCUCGGUCUGCUGCGCCAUGCGCUCACCGCUUCCUCCGUGGCCGGCGGACAAGGAGCAGGCUGGUGAUGGGGACAUCAUUUGACUCGAUAUGUUCACCGCUGCAUUCUUGCACAGGGCCUUUCCCUUGCUUCUGUACGUUGUCACUGAGACUUGGCUGUUAGCGCAUCUGCAGCUGUGUAUGAUCGCCGCCGCUAGGCUCGGUUUCGUGAGGGUCAGGUCCGGCAGGCUAGUGAUGGCUUGGUGGCGGCGGUCCCGCUCUGCGUUGAUCAACCGGUAAAAGCACGGCGAAUAGUUGCGUCGUGAUAGGUGCCCUU